AUGGCGCCUUUAUGGUAUACUGCCAGCAGUGCACUGCUGUUAUCAGUCACUGCUGCGGCCUGGCCAUAUUCCACCUACAAGUCGAUUGACUUCCAGCCUCCCACGCUGCAGAUCAAUCAGACCGGCCCUACCGAUCCGGGAUUCAUUUUCCUCGGUCCUCGUGGAGGUGUGCAACCUGCCAGUCAGGCCGCGCUAAUUUACGACAAUGCGGGCAACCUGGUCUAUGAAGGCCCGGAGGAAGUCACCUCCAACUUCAUGGUGCAGAAGCUGAAUGGGUCUGAUGUGAUCACUUUCUGGGCUGGCGACAUGAUGGACAUCGGCUACGGAUACGGCACCGUUCACAUUCUCGACAAUACCUACCAGGAAAUCCAUACCGUUACUUUGACCGGAAACUUCGUCACUCCGGACAACUCAACCAAGACCUCGUAUAUUGACCUGCAUGAGAGUAAAAUUACCCCAAACAACACGCUUCUGGUCACCGCGUAUAACGUCACCCAACAUGACCUGACUUCGAUUGGGGGUACCUCUUCUGAGUGGAUGCUGGACAGCCAUUUCUAUGAAAUCGACAUUGCUACCAAUGAGAUUGUCAACUCGUGGAGUGCACUUGAUCAUGAAGAUGACAUUCCUUUGACUUCCUCACACCAGAAGCUGGGUGGUACCGCUGGUACCCAAGAGAACCCCUACGAUGCUUAUCACAUCAAUGCCAUUACCCCUACCAACAAUGGCCACCUGGUUUCCCUUCGUCAUAUGUGGUCUGGAUAUUAUCUCUUUGACAACGGGAGUGUGAUGUGGCAAGUCAGCGGCGAGAAUGGUGCCGACUUCACCCAAGUGGGCAAUGCGAACUUCUCGUGGCAGCAUGAUAUCCGGGUCUGGAAUGAGACUGAUGAGGGUAUGAUCCUGACCUUGUUUAACAACGCCAACACCCCUACAGACAAUGAGAGCCCCACCACUGGCGUCAGUCUGGCUAUUGAUCUCGUCAAAAAGACUGUGACUGGUCUCCGCUCCCUGAGCGACCCCAAUGACCCCAUCCACUCCGUUAGCCAGGGCAGCUAUCAGGUUCUCAAUGAGCAGGAUGGUCACGUCUUCAUGGACUACGGCUCUAUCUCCAAGGUCAAGGAAUUUGACGGUGCUGGAAACGUCGUCUUCAGUGGCAAGUUCGGCCCGGACAAUGCCGUAGCCUCUUACCGUGGCUACCGUUUCCCGUGGAGUGCUGUCCCCUUCUGGAAGCCUUCACUGAAUGUUACCCGUACGUCUACCGGUGCCACCGUGUACAUGAGCUGGAAUGGUGCUACUGAUUACGACACUUGGGUUGUCUACUCGGCUUCUUCGGCGAACUCAACCAACAACCAGCAGAUCGCAACUGGCAAGCGUACUGGCUUUGAGACUGCGAUUAACGUGACAAGUUUGACCACCGACUACGUCCAAGUCGCCGCUCUACAGGGCAACAAUGUUCUGGGUACCUCGGAUAUAACCUCUUUCUAG